AGUCUUUUUUUCUUCUCCGUUUCGCCACGAUGGUGGCUACAGUCCCGACGCGCUGUUUCCACCGGCCAGUGAGUCUCUAUGAGCGUCCCUAACCCCCUAAAGAAACAGGAUGGGGAACAGCACAUCAUCAUCUUUGGGGACGUCAGCAACUGCUCCUGUGAAUCAGAUUCAAGAAACAAUUUCUGAUAAUUGUGUGGUGAUUUUCUCAAAAACAUCUUGUUCUUACUGUAUGAUGGCGAAAAAACUUUUCCAUGACAUGAAUGUUAACUAUAAAGUGGUGGAAUUGGACAUGCUUGAACAUGGAAGUCAAUUUCAAGAUGCUCUCUACAAAAUGACCGGUGAAAGAACCGUACCAAGAAUAUUUGUCAAUGGAACUUUUAUUGGAGGUGCAACUGACACUCAUAGGCUUCACAAAGAAGGGAAACUGCUUCCACUAGUUCAUCAGUGUUAUUUAAAAAAAAGUAAGAGGAAAGAGUUUCAGUGAUGUAGGUGCUCAUAAUGUUGCUAGUAAAAUGUUAGUGAUUUAAAAUGAUCAUGCCUGAUAAUGCCUUUUAAAUGUUUGAGGAUGUUUUAAAAAUGUAAAUUAUCUUUAUGGGAAAGUUCUAAAACUAAUGAGCAAUAAAUUCCUG